AUGGCCUUUACGAACCCGCAGGCCGAAUAUGCACUCAAUGGACUGAAGCAUACCACCACUUCGAAGGAUGACCCAAGCUUGGCACCGAUUUACAUGCUGGGCACUUGGGAGGUGUCGGUUGGUAUUCUCCUGUUGGCACACCAGAUGAACGAGAACAGGAAUGGAGUAACGACGCUAUUGGGGUUGAUGGGCUUGUACAAGGCUGGCAUUGCGAUACUACUUUGGAAGAUCGGCAGUGGGACGAACAAGGUAGCUGGCAAUGUGGCUACAGCUGUUACCCUUUUGGCCUGGGCUGGCUUGCGAAGCCAAUGA